GACAACCAGGUUUGCUCCGCUCAUGUGCAGCUAUCGCAGCAACGACGACAACGACAACGACGAUGGCUCCAGCUCAGUCGCAAUCAGCCAUUAAGCCAAAGAGAUAUCACGGCUAUGCCGUCUUUCUCUUCAUCAUGGGUACCCUCUUUCCUCCCCUUGCCGUCGCGGCAAGGUUCGGGUUAGGCUCGGAUUUUUGGACAAAUCUACUGUGCACUAUCUGUGGAUACUUCCCUGGCCAUGCCCAUAACUUUUACAUACAGAACGUACGCAACAACAAGAAUCAUUCCCGCACACCAAAGUGGGCUCAGCGUUACGGCCUUGUCGACACAUCUGUUAUCAAACGCCACGAGCAACGCUCUCAGUGGGCAUCCCGCUAUAACGAUCGUAACCCUCACUCCACUCUCGAAGACCAGCCUUAUGAGGCCGGUCAGCAUUCGUCAUCGCUCUCUCGCCAGGACUCGACUGCUGCUGGCCAGCCCCAGCGGCCCCAUGACGAUCUUUGGCAUCAAGAUGAGGAAUCCUUCUACAAUGCAGAACGCGACUCCAACAGUGUUCAUACAGCAGGUUCUGGUACUGGCAGUGGCAGGUGGCAUUAUCCCGCCAACUUUGAAGAUGCAAUUCCCUCCUCGGGUGGGUCGAAGAAGAAGAAGAAGAAGGAUAAGAAGGAUCGGUGGGCACGCACAGAGGAUGCAUAUUCUCUCUCAGAGCAGUCGGGGUCGAAAAAGAAAAAGAAGAAGAAGAGCAAGUCGUCGGUGGGUGACGGUGAUACCUAUUCCAGGCACAGUGGCUCGACCACCGAGUUCCCUGAAGACGCCGGAGGUGGGCUAUAUGAUAGUCGCAGAGAUGUGCCGGAGGGCAACGGCAAUGCUGGUAACGGCCAUGCCAUCUCCACGACGGAGGAUGUCUUCAGUCAUGAGUUGUAAACAGGAAAGAGCUCAAGUAUAUCUAGUGGAAUGUUAUGGGCGUCUGUUUACUUAACAGUUGCAAGUAAUUACUGUUCGUCCCUUCGUGCCUUUAAUUAUUGUAAAGCCAAUAUGGUAUUUGUCGCUCCGGGUCUUACAAGGAGCUAUAUAUUUAUUCUAACCCCUG